CCCUCUCCCAUUCCCUUUCAACGUCCAUGCAAUGCCCUUCCUCAUUCUGGAGGCUUUGAACCUCUUCUGAUUAUUCUUUUCACUACCUUCAUUCGUGGCCCAUUUGCCCUUCCAUUUCUUUGAUUCCCACCUUUCAACGUCGUUCUCAGCCUUGCAGUGCUCGAGCCCCUUCGCUACCUUAAGAGACCUCGAAUAUGUCAAGCCCCAAUUCGACCCUGCGACAGCGGGGACCAAAAGAGAAGAACAAAGCUGCAUUCAGCGGGGACAAGGAUGAUGAGGUUUUGAAUGAGGCACUCAACAAUGUGCAGAAGAGUGUGUCUAAAGAAUGGGAUUAUAAGCUGGCGCUGGGAAUAAUCACGGCCCUUGCAUUCGCAACCCGCUUCUUUGGGAUCAGCCAUCCAAAUGAAGUCGUCUUUGACGAAGUGCACUUUGGGAAGUUCGCAUCCUAUUAUCUGCAGCGCACCUAUUUCUUCGACGUACACCCUCCCUUUGGGAAGCUCCUCUUUGCCUUCGUGGGUUGGCUCGUUGGGUAUGAUGGACAUUUCUUGUUUGACAACAUCGGCGAAUCCUACAUCGCCAACAACGUCCCCUACCUGGCAUUCAGAGCACUGCCUGCAUUUCUCGGAGCUCUGACCGUGGUGGUCGUCUACCUGAUUAUGUGGGAAUCGGGAUAUUCGCUCCCGGCGUGUGUCUUGGCUGCUGGACUGGUUCUCUUCGACAAUUCCCACGUGGGCCAAACUCGAUUGAUUCUGCUGGAUGCAACCCUGGUCUUCUUCGUCUCGCUCAGUAUUUAUUGCUACGUUCGGUUCUACAAGCAACGGCACGACCCCUUUGGCAGGAAGUGGUGGAAGUGGCUUCUGCUGUGUGGCUUUUGCAUGAGCUGUGUUAUUUCCACCAAAUACGUCGGUGCUUUUACCUUCUUCACCAUUGGAUGCGCAGUGCUCAUCGACCUUUGGGAUCUGCUAGACAUUAACCGGAAAGAAGGCGCCCUGGAUCUUUUCACCUUUGGCAAGCAUUUCGUGGCUCGUGCGCUCGGCUUGAUCAUAAUACCUUUCUUCUUCUACCUGUUCUGGUUCCAAGUCCAUUUUGCCAUUUUGACCAGGUCCGGUCCAGGCGACGACUUCAUGACACCAGAAUUCCAGGAAACUCUCAGCGACAACCUGAUGCACCAAGCGUCCAUCGACAUCCAAUAUUACGACUAUAUCACGCUACGCCACAAGGACACGAAGGUUUAUUUGCACAGCCACCCAGAUCGAUAUCCCCUGAGAUAUGACGACGGCCGAAUUUCGAGCCAAGGUCAACAAGUCACGGGUUACCCCUUCAACGAUACCAACAACGAGUGGCAGAUUCUGCCCAAUGACCAACUCCCCGAUCCCUCCAUGGCCGGAAAACCGGUGCUUAACGGCGACGUUGUCAAGCUCCGACAUGUUGUGACCAACACCAUGCUUCUGACCCACGACGUCGCAUCCCCCUAUUUCCCUACCAACCAAGAAUUCACCACCGUGCCCCUAGAUGUCGCAGCUGGAGACCGCCACAACGACACUUUGUUCGAGAUUCGGAUGGAACAAGGCAAAAAGGGCUCUCCGUUCAAGACCAUGUCCGGCCAGUUUAAACUGAUUCAUUACCCAACAAAAGUUGCCAUGUGGACGCAUACCACCCCUUUGCCGGAUUGGGCCUUCAAACAGGCAGAAAUCAACGGGAACAAAAACGCACAACAAUCGUCGAAUAUCUGGUAUGUGGACGACAUUCCAAACCUUCCCGAAGAUUCACCACGGCGUGUGAAGGAAGUCAAGAAGACCAAGUCCUUGCCCUUCUACAGAAAAUACAUCGAACUGCAGCGCGCGAUGUUUUACCACAACAACGCGCUGACAGCUUCUCACCCGUACGCAACGCAACCUUAUCAAUGGCCCUUUUUGUUGCGGGGAGUCAGCUUCUGGACACAAGACUCGACGAAGCAGCAGAUUUACUUCCUGGGCAAUCCCAUUGGAUACUGGAUCGCGAGUGCCUUGUUGGCUGUCUUUGCUGGCAUUCUGGGCGCAGAUCAACUGAGUCUGAGGAGAGGGAUUGAUGCACUUGAUCGUCGUACCCGCUCCCGCCUGUACAACUCGACGGGCUUCUUCUUCCUCUGCUGGGCCGCCCACUACUUCCCCUUCUACCUCAUGGGCCGUCAACUGUUCCUACACCACUAUCUCCCGGCCCACCUCGCCUCAUGUCUCGUGACCGGCGCCCUCAUCGAAUUCAUCUUCAACGUCGACCCGGUCGUCGACGACGAGGCCCAGCACGCCCUGCAACAGAAGAAAGACAAAGUCACCGGCAAGAUCCCGGAGAAGGCUAAGAAACACUUCCAGACCGCCGCCGAGAGGCUCAAGGGCCAGAGCAUGCUGGGCACCUGGCUCGCCACGGCCGUCAUCCUGGCCGCCGUCCUGUACGGGUUCUACUUCUUCUUCCCGCUGACGUACGGCUGGCCGGGUUUGACUCCCGCUCAGGUGAACGCGCGCAAGUGGCUCGGGUACGAUUUGCAUUUCGCAAAGUGAUCGCUCACCCUUCCCUUAUCUCUUGUCCACGGGUUCGGCGUCCGAUGGAGGAGCUCGAAGGUUGGGGCAAGGCGAGGCAAGGCAAGGCAAGGCGAGCGGACUCCCCAAGACGGAAAGAAGCAGCGAAAGCCGUGGGGGAGCGAGCGAGCUAAGCGCGAAGCAAAAGUACCCAAAGGAAAAUGAAGAGCGGGCGGUCAUCAUGUGUUUCUUUCCCUCUUUGGGGCUGCCGCGUCGGCUCCCCCAUCAUGACCUUGAAAUCGAUGGGAGGAUGGAGUCAGGAGAGGGGCGCCCGCACGCACUCUUUUUGCAAAAGAAAGACACGGCCAAACUUAGUGCGCGAGCGGGCGUGCGGGCGAUCAUGCUAAUUAAAACGGGUGGUCAAGUCAAGGGCAAUCUAGAGACCAGGGAAGAACUACCCGAGCGAGCACAUCCUUUUCGCAAACACCAAAAAGCAUCACACAUCUGAAGAUCCUUCGACGGGAGUAACGGCAAACUGAGUUGGAGUUGGGAGUCGAGUUGGGGACCCUUGUUUCUCGUUGUCCAUGGUUGCAAAACUACAGCAUCUUACCGGUUGUAAAUGCAAGGGAUCUCUGUUUGCGAGCCUCUGCUUCGAUAUACGAACCAAGAAGUACCUUGAGUGAUUGAGGAGAAUAACACGAGACUCGAAAGGUAGAUAAGACUCCGAACUCGAUGAACCAGCUCGAGUAUCAAAGACCAAAUGUACCAAAGCCUGCAAGGGUUGACGAUGCGCACGACCAGUUGUCUGCUGUUUCCUGUACUGCCAGAGCCUUUGGGAAGAAGGAACGCUGCUGCUCAUGUUCCGUUUCCGCCUGAUGCGUUGUUCAUCAUGCCCGAGGUGACAAAUGUCGUAGGAAUGGACAAUUCCUUUUUCCCUAAUCGAGUCAACAAACACUGCGACGGCGCUAUUGCCUGUCCUUUGCCCUAGCCUUGUCUGGCGUGGACAUGUUCUGUAUUGGAGCAUCGGCUGCCCAAGCUCAGAGUCUGGGGGCUGAUCAACUCACUGCGCCUUCCGCUGGGCUGGACACCUUUAUCGGGUUUGCCCUGGUCUGGCCUGUUCUCCUCUCAUCAAUCUGGACUGCGCGACAGGUGGACGAGCUCGGGUAUAAUCUACGCAGGAGUGUUCUUGCUGUGUCGGUCGAAGAAUGCCCGGCGAGGAGAUCCACAUUGAACUUGACAGUUCGCCCUGGAAACUACUGCAUGAUCCCUGUAAGGUGUUUAUUCGAGGAGGUUCACGAGACGCCGGAUGGGCAUGAGAUAAGAACAACUUGUUAAAUGCUUGGGGGGCGUGCAUAGGUGCCGGGACAGUCGGGUUUGCGAUUUUGCCUGGCAGAAAGGAUCAUGUCCAUUGGGCCGGGUUUCAAUGGGUUGCAGUGCGUGUAGGUAGGUUCGUGCGCUCCCUGGGGUUGAGACAGGUCGGCUUUCAGCUGAUGGUGCAGUUUGUGUUAGUCACCGCAAGUUGACGUGGGUGAGGAUGAAGGUAGCGACGGGGAGCGCGGCAGGCGAAGGCAAAAAGGUG